ACUUGAUGUGGUCACAGAGUAGAACAAUGUGGUAGUAUUUGGAAAGAUAAGAAAUAAAUUAAGAUAACAAGGUAUUCGAACUUUCAAGUUUCGAAUACACUCUAUCUUUAGUUCAAGUCCGAACGUUCUUACAAAUAUGGUCACACUUUGCCUUUUACUUCUGUUUGCGGGAAUCCAAGCACAAACCACUCAACAACCCACUCACAACCCAUCCCGCCCAGACAUAUAUGGAUUAAUCAAUUUGUUGUACCUAAAGGCGGACGCUAAUCUGGACAGUCAUAUAACAGAAGACGAAUUGUCUGAUGUAUUCAAGGGAUUUGACAAAAAUGGUGACGGGACAGUAACAAAUGCAGAAUUUGUUGAACUCUGGAUGCAGCUUACGUCCCAAACUAGUGCUCUUGCUAACGCAUAUUUUCAUUUGGCUGACCUUAAUGACGACAAGAUCAUAAAUCUACACGAUUUCGGUCCAAUUUAUCACGUGUUUGACCUUAACCAUGAUGGUUCAGUAUCAGGGAGAGAAUUUGCAACAAAAUGGGAAGACAUUAUCCGAGAGACACCAUUUGCUGUUCUGUUUGAGAGGGCAGACACGGAUAAAGAUGAGUUUCUUAGUCAUAACGAAUUUAGAAACUUAUUUUCAUCCUUCGAUUCAAACUCUGACGGAUUGGUGAAUAACCAAGAAUUUGAUAAUGGCUGGUCUCAUGCUGAUUUUGCUCUUAUGUCGGAUGCCGAUAUGUUAUUUGCCGACAUUGACAAGAAUGGUGACGGCAACAUAACGGGACAUUCUGAUAUGGACAAACUCUUCACAACAUAUGAUUCCAACGGUGACGGCAAAUUGGCUCUACAAGAAGUGAUCCAGGUAACUUCGAUUUUGUUCAACAUUCUGAUAAGGUCUGUAAUACGGGUCAGACUAUGCGUAUGUCCUGAUGUUAGGAUCUCAUUGAUAAGGAAGAGACAUUGCCAUUUUUGUCAGUUUUUGUCAAGGAGCGUGUUAAGGUCAUUAGACAGAAAAAUGAUCUCAUAUUUGUUACUUGGUUGCCUUUUCACUGUCUCCGUUCUUGGCGACGAAGGCCUCAAUGCAGUCAAUUUGUUUCACACAGUGGAUAUAAACAAAGAUGAUAAGCUGACAAGGACCGAGCUUGAUGCUGUUUUUCUUCUUUUCGACACCGACAACAAUACAGAAGUGACACCGACUGAGUUUGUGGCUGACUGGCUGAAAUUCAACCUUGGUGGAACACCGCAAGCCCAGACCCUUUUCACAAGAGCUGAUACAAAUGACGAUGGUGUGCUUGAUGUAAAAGACGUUCCCGCCAUCUUUGCUUACUUCGAUCAAGAUGGAAAUGGAUCUGUCGAUAUAAGUGAGUUUUUAACUCAGUGGGGAGAACUAAUGCUUCAUCCAGCUGGUGUUGACAACGCUGUUGUUGAUAUAGCGACAGGAUAAAUAGAAUGUUUGGAUUGUAAAUUCUGAAGCAGUAAUAAAAUUUAAGAUACCAUC